UUUAAGGGGUCUCAAGAGUCCUGCAGUCUCAUUCCAGUCCAGCUCAGACCCUGGCUUCGAGGCACCACUGGGAGCUUCAAGAAAGACAAAAUCAAGAUGCCAGAGCCUGCAAAGAAAACAGCUUCUGCUUUCACCAAGAAGCCAAAGACGACAGAGGUAGUGGAAGGAGACACAGCUGUGUUUGAAGCAGAGACUGAAAAGACUGGCAUCAAGGUGAAGUGGCAGCGAGCUGGAGCAGAAAUGUUUGAAAGCGAGAAGUAUAUCAUCAAGACUGAGGGGAACAAGCAUUCACUGACUAUCAAUAACACUGGAAGAGAGGAUGAUGCGACAUAUGCUGUAAUUGCAGGGAGUUCCAAGGUCAAAUUUGACCUCAAAGUCAAAGAGCCAGAAAAGUCUGAGGCAGUUCGUCCUACUGAAGCGGUUUGUACCCCAAUUGUUUCAGAGUUACCUACACCAGCAGAGACACAACCAGCAGAAUGCAGUCCUGAGGCUCAGCCAGAGCUGCCCCUGGACCCUGUUGGUCUCUUUGUGACACGGCCCCAGGAUGGAGAAGUGACUGUUGGUGGAAACAUCACAUUCACUUGCAAAGUGGCAGGUGCCAGCAUGCUGAAGAAACCAUCAGUGAAAUGGUUCAAGGGAAAGUGGAUGGACCUGGGAAGCAAAGUGGGGAAACAUCUCCAGCUGCAUGACAGCUAUGACCGAAACAACAAGGUUUACAUCUAUGAAAUGCACAUUAUCCAAGCGAAAAUGACUUACGCAGGGGGGUAUAGAUGUGAGGUGUCUACAAAGGACAAAUUUGAUAGCUGUAACUUCAGCCUGAUUGUCAAUGAAGCACCAGCAACAGGAGACAUGGAUAUCCGCACUGCCUUUCGACGAACGAGCCUGGUGGGAGGAGGAAGACGGAUGCCUGCAGCCUGUCUCAGUACAGAGGGACACGAAGAUGGUGCAGAGCUGGAUUUUAGUGCCUUAUUGAAAAAGAGCAGCUUCUUGCGCUCAGUAAAUCGUGAACCAAAAACUGAAUCACAACCUGAUGUUGAUGUCUGGGACAUCCUGCGGAGAGCUCCUCCUUCUGAGUAUGAGAAAAUUGCUUUCCAGUAUGGUAUCACAGACCUACGGGGGAUGCUGAAACGCCUCAAACGCAUAAAAAAGGAGGAGAAGAAAAGUACAGCAUUCCUUCAGAAACUGGAUCCUGCUUACCAAGUGGACAAAGGACAGAAGAUCAAGUUAAUGGUUGAACUUGCCAACCCAGAUACUGAAGUGAAAUGGCUGAAGAAUGGACAGGAGAUCCAAGUGAGCGGCAGCAAAUAUAUUUUUGAGGCUGUCGGGAAUAAGAGGAUCCUGACUAUCAAUCACUGCUCCCUAGCUGAUGAUGCAGCAUAUCAGUGUGUGGUUGAUGAGGAGAAAAGCUUUACAGAACUAUUUGUAAAAGAGCCUCCAAUCCUGAUCAGCCACCCAUUGGAGGACCAGGUGGUGAUGGUUGGAGAGAGAGUGGAGUUCGAGUGUGAAGUGUCUGAGGAAGGGGCCACUGUGAAAUGGGAAAAGGAUGGAAUUGAGCUGAAAAGGGAAGAGACAUUCAAGUACCGGUUCAAGAAGGAUGGGAAAAAGCAUUACCUGAUCAUUAAUGAGUCAACCAAGGAGGACAGUGGGCACUACACCGUGAAGACCAAUGGUGGGGAGUCAGUAGCUGAAUUAAUCAUACAAGAGAAGAAGCUGGAAGUGUACCAGAGUAUCGCAGACCUGACAGUGAGGGCACGGGACCAGGCAGUCUUCAAGUGCGAAGUCUCCGAUGAGAAUGUGAAAGGAAUCUGGUUGAAAAAUGGGAAGGAGGUGAUCCCAGAUGAGAGGAUAAAGAUCUCUCAUAUUGGCAGAAUCCAUAAGCUAACUAUUGAUGAUGUAACCUCAGAAGAUGAGGCUGACUAUUCUUUUGUCCCUGAAGGAUUUGCUUACAACCUUUCUGCCAAACUCAGAUUUUUGGAGAUCAAGAUUGAUUUUGUGCCAAGACAAGAACCCCCCAAAAUCCAUCUGGACUUCAUGGGUCAAGCAGCCCCUGACACUAUUGUUGUGGUGGCUGGGAACAAACUUAGACUGGACGUUCCCAUAUCUGGAGAUCCAAUACCCACUGUCAUCUGGCAGAAAGUAAACAAGAAUAGCUGCAAUGUGCUAAGCAAUGCUGAUUCCAUGGAUUCCCCAGACUCCAGCAGUGAUUUAAGUAAUGAGAGCAAGCUUCUCUCUGAAACUGAAGGUAGAGUUCGUGUAGAGAUGCAUGAAGACCACUGUAUCUUCAUCAUUGAAGGAGCAGAGAAGCCAGAUGAGGGGGUUUAUAGAGUUACAGUAAAGAACCCAGCAGGAGAAGAUAAGGCUGAUAUCACAGUAAAGGUUAUUGAUGUUCCUGAUCCUCCAGAGGCUCCCAAGAUAGUCAAUGUUGGAGAAGAUUACUGCACAGUGCAGUGGCAACCCCCUAAAUAUGAUGGAGGACAACCAAUACUGGGAUAUAUCUUAGAGAGGAAAAAGAAGAAGAGCUACCGGUGGAUGCGGCUGAACUUUGACCUUUUGAAGGAGCUGUCAUAUGAAGCCAAGCAAAUGAUUGAAGGUGUUGUUUAUGAGAUGCGACUUUAUGCUGUGAAUUCCAUUGGCAUGUCCCGGCCUAGCCCCGCCUCACAGCCCUUCAUGCCAAUUGCUCCCCCAAGUGAACCAACCCACUUUACAGUGGAUGACAUCUCUGACAGCACUGUUACCCUUAAGUGGAGGCCCCCUGAGCGGAUUGGAGCAGGGGGACUAGAUGGCUACCAUGUGGAGUACUGCAAAGAAGGAUCUACAGAGUGGGUUCCAGCUCUUCAAGGUCUAACUGAGAAAACAUCUGCAUUCAUUAAAGAUCUGGUCACCGGGGACAAACUCUACUUCCGUGUUAGGGCUAUAAACCUGGCUGGUGAGAGCGAACCAGCACUAACCAAAGAGCCUGUUACCAUCCAAGAGAUCCUGCAACGUCCCAAAUUCUGGCUGCCACGCUAUCUACGGCAGACUCUGGUGAAGAAAGUAGGAGAGACAAUCAACAUUGUGAUUCCCUUCCAAGGUAAACCUAGACCCAAAGUCACUUGGACAAAAGAUGGUCAAACACUAGACGCCAAAGAGGUGGGAAUUCGGAACAGCACGACAGACACUAUCCUGUUCAUUCGAAAGGCUGAGCAUCACCACUCAGGGACAUAUGAAGUGGAAGUUCAGAUAGAAAACAUGAAUGAUAAGGUUGCUAUUACCAUGCAGAUAAUGGACAAACCUGGUCCACCUCAGAAUGUGAAAAUUAUAGAUGUGUGGGGAUUCAACGUCGCUCUGGAGUGGAAACCACCCCAAGAUGAUGGCAAUGCUCAGAUCUCGGGGUACACAAUCCAGAAGGCUGACAAAAAGACAAUGGAAUGGUACACUGUUUUUGACCACUAUCGACGAACCAACUGUGUCGUGUCAGACCUAAUUAUGGGGAAUGAAUAUUAUUUCCGUGUCUUCAGUGAAAAUUUGUGUGGACUGAGUGAAACUGCUGCAACAACUAAAACUCCUGCCUACAUAAAAAAGACAGGCACCAUUUAUAAACCACCCAGUUACAAAGAGCAUGACUUCUCUGAAGCCCCCAAAUUCACUCACCCCUUAGUAAGCCGUUCUGUGAUCUCUGGAUACAAUGCUACGCUCAGCUGUGCUGUAAGAGGAAGCCCCAAGCCAAAGAUAUUCUGGUACAAGAACAAAGUAGAUCUCUCUGGAGAUGCCAAGUAUCGUAUGUUCAGUAAGCAAGGGGUACUGACCCUGGAGAUCCGAAAGCCCAGUCCCUUUGAUGGAGGCUUUUACACCUGUAAAGCUGUGAAUGAAUGUGGUGAAGCUGAAAUAGAGUGCAAAUUGGAUGUCAGAGCACCUCAGUAAAACUCUAAACCUUAGUUCAUCAGCAAUUCAAGGUGGUGUUGGGGUUGGAAUUUGAAGAGAAGGAAAGGAAAAAAGAGAAAAUUGAAUAAUGGGUAGACCCACGUACAGCUAAAGCUCUGCUCAUCUUUUAAGUGUCAUUUAAUGAGGGAGGAAGAUGUCCUGUUUAGUUACACAGUUUCAUAUAUUUCCCUUCUCAGAAUUUUUGAAGUGUUAUUGUCUCUAAUAACCAUGCAGGGGAAAUAGAAAUAUUUUCCCCAUUAACACUAGAGAUUCUCCUUUAGGACAGAAACACUAAAGCUAAAUGCAAAACUGAUCCACCACCCCUCAGGUAUGAAGUGAGCACAAACGCUAACAUCAACUCUCCAAUGCUAAAAUAAAUCCUAUCUUUUUACUCUUUUGUCACUUUCAGAAUUCUAAAAUUCCUGAUGGGAAUCUUGUAUUGCUCAGAAAUAUUACAGAUUUGAAAAUCCUAGCAGGUCAUUUGUUCUAGUGCUUUAACUUUAUCACCCCCACAGGAUCCUAGAUAAAAGAGAGACCUCACAGGGCUCUCUUUCCUCUUCCAACCUCCAAUACCUGAUUCUCAAAAUGUUUACGUCUGUGGAUUCAGGAAGGCCUCUACAGAUCCCAACUUGUCCACAGAACACUAUUUGAGAAUAUCUGGUCUAGGCUAUUGCACUGCUUGCUGUACAUAUGAUAGUCCCUGCUAACUAUUCACUAAUCAUCUUCUGGUUUGGUAAAUUACACUAGCAUGAACUCUUGUUUUUCAGAUGUUACUACAACACAUUAUGAAAGAACUCAAAUUCAAAUCUAGUUUUCUGUCUCAGGAGAGACGUUGAAAAAUGCAAUCACGAAGUAAGGCAUACAAGACUAUUUCAAACCACAAAGCUUAUGAUGAAUUCAGCAAAAGCUUAUUUUAAUUUUGUAUCAUUUGUGGUUUUUCAAAGUUUAUAAACUAUUUUUACAUGUUUUUCCAGACAGUUAUGUUCUUUAGUUAGGUUUUUGAAUUUGUUUAAAAAAAAAACAAACCCUCUUGCGCCAACAGAGUCUCCUGCUUCUAACGUGCUAGUUUUCACUAUGUAAUCUUUUUCAGCUUAUAGUGGUAAUUAGAAGCCCCUGACUUGGUAUUGCUCUCCUUUUACACUGGCAUGAAACGAGAAGGCAGGGAGAGGAAACCCAUCCAGGAAGAGAGGCUUUAUCAAAGAACUACAUCAGUUUCUUCAUAUUAAUACUCAGUGCUCCUGUUCUCCCCUCUAAGAUGUUCCUCUCUUGAUGGAUGGGUAUUUCUGACUCAGCAGAUUGAUUGUACUACACUGUGAAGUACAUCUUCAUAAUAAAGAUACCUGUGCAGUGA